AUGAAGAAACGGAGAAAGAGAUCAAUUCCAAGUGACUGUAUUUAUGAUAAACAAGAAAAUAAGCUUUACCCUCGAAAGCCUUUGUCCUCAUACCAGUUCUUCAUUGAAGACCUCAAAACUCAGCCUAUAGAAGAUGGCAAAAAAUUAACUUUAAAACAGCUUAGUCAAAUUGGAAAAAAGAGAUGGAAGGAAUUUUCUGAAGAAGAAAAGUCCUGCUUUGAAAAACAGCAUGAAAAUGAUACAAAAAGAUACAAGUCCCAGCUUGCCGAACUUGAGCGGGAUGGUUAUUUUACAUUAAGUUGUGGGGCAAAAAGCAAUGAUAGUGCAUAUAUUGAUGAUGGGGAAGAAACAAAAAAUAAUAAAAAAAGAUCAAAAACCCCAGUUGAAAAUCCAGAAAGGAAGAGAAAUGUAAAAGUCCCUUCAAAAACCGAAGAAACAAAAGAUGAAAAACCAAAAGAAAAAAUUAAAAGUGAAGAUAAUGCUGCUAGUAAAAAAGUUUUUGUGUAUUUAUGUGGAUCUUGAGGAUAUAAAAGAAAUUCAGAAAGAGUGGCAAAGUCUUUAAUAAAUAAUCUUGAUUUAAAAAGCGAUCAAGUUAUAGUGCAAAGCAGAAAAUCAAGAGAAAUUGACGUACAAGUACAAAUUGGUUCUGAGAAAAAUGACGUUUAUCACAAAAGCAGCACUUAUUUGACCCUCACAGAUCUGAUAGAAGCUGUAAAACCUUAUUUCCCUUAA